UUGUCUGCUGUCUGGUAGGAGGGCUUUGUCUGUGCGUGCCUCUCUCUGUCUCUCUCUCUCUCUGUCUCUCACACUCUCGCUUGCUCUGUCUCUCUCUCUUGCUCUCUCUCGCUCUCUCCCUUUCGCGUCUCUGUGGUUUGUAAGGUAGGUUGCAGUGUGUGUAUAUACACAACAUCAAGAGCAGGAAAAUGGACUCAUUAGGGAGGGAGGCAGUCAUUACCAUUCACACUGCACUUCCAGAGAGACAGCGACUAUGAGGAGACAAACUGAGGACUGGGGAGCAAGCUGAAUUCAAUUGGCCAUUCCCAUUUAGUUAUACUGAAGUUGGAGGCAAUAUGAAAAAAAGGAGUGUGUGGUACAGGACUUUGAACAUGAAAUGGACUGCUUUCAAGUCGAUCCUGACUUACGGCGACCCUAUGAAUAGGGUUUUCAUGCAGCACAGAAAAGAAGUGCUAGGAACUGUUUUUAACCCUUUUGGAAUCCGAAGAAGAAAGAGUGCCUGAAGUUACAUUUUAGAUGCUGAAAUCAUUGCACCUUAAAAACAAAAAAGAUUGAGCUGCAUUGCAUUCCUGUCUGCUUCAGCUUUGGUGUGGAAGAAGCAAAACUAUAUUCUGGGUUUUACACCUUAAACCUUGUGACCUGGAUGCUGCCUGUCGAGGGAGUGGCUACUCUCCCUCAGCUCUAGUCCUGAACUUAGAAGCCCAGAGGAAGGAGGCAGCAGUGGAGACUGCAAUUCCACCACCAUGUUGGAUGGUGCUACGGGCCCUUCACUUCCUUUUGUGUUAAAGGGCCAGAAGCCCUUAAGGCAACUGGCAGAUAAAUAGCUGUGGGAACAUUUUAGAAGUUUUGGCUCUCUCUCAGCACUGAUGGGAUGUGGACACAACAUAGUUUUCCACUUUUCUACUCAACUGUGGGCAUUAGCAAACAUCAGGAAAACAGCUUCCAUUGUGUUGUAAUCAGUUCCAAAAUGAUGGAGCUUUGGACAUUCAUGUGACUAAUGAAAACCAUUAGAAGAUAAAAAGCUUGAAGGGGAGAGUAGCAUCAGCUGGAAUAUUCCUUCCAUGUCGCAAGAGACAGGGCGAGUUGGCUGGAAUGAAACCUUCCUUUCUGUACAGUUGGCUUGAAACACAGCAUUUAAGAGUUCCAGAAAACAGCAAACAUUUCUGAGUUGCACAGCACCAAACAGCCACAGAAUCAUUUGCUAUAAGACAAGCAAGUAUCUUCACACAACUUCAUCAAAGGUCCAUGUUGACCAAGUUUGCAUAAGAACAGAAAGCAGACUUUGCAGAUCUCGCAACCAGAGCAUUUGCUCUAAUCACGAGGCCACGCUGCUUCUUCAAAUGCAUCUGGUUGACCACUGCGAGAACAGGAUGCUGGACUAGAUGGGCCAUUGGACUGAUCCAGCAGGCUCUUACGUUCUUAUUUCCUCCAAGGAGCUCAAGUACAGGCACAAGUUUUCUACAUUCUCUGCCCCAAUGAAUGUCUGCACUUGGUCUAAAACUUGGAGUGAUUUACCUGAAGAGUGAUAUCAUUAAGAAACCACUGAAGAAACUCAAGACGGCUGAAAAACAGAAGGAGUCUGAUGAGAAUGAGAUUACGCAGACGGAUGCAUACAGCUCCAAGUCGGGCCUUCUCUGCCUGAACUUUGAAACUGUUCCAUCUCUGAGCCCAGCUCUCAUCCAUUCAUCACAUUCACCAACAAACCUGCACACACACACAGGGUCACCUGAUUGUAACAUUAGUUGCAAGGGGAUGACACAGCGCAUUCAUAGCAUCAAUCUCCACAACUUCAGCAAUUCUGUGCUCGAGACCCUCAACGAGCAACGCAACCGUGGCCACUUCUGUGAUGUGACGGUCCGCAUUCACGGGAGCAUGCUGCGGGCCCACCGUUGUGUGCUGGCGGCUGGCAGCCCCUUCUUCCAGGACAAGCUACUCCUGGGCUACAGCGACAUUGAAAUUCCUUCUGUGGUGUCAGUCCAGUCAGUACAAAAGCUCAUUGACUUCAUGUACAGUGGGGUGCUACGGGUCUCACAGUCAGAGGCCUUGCAGAUCCUCACAGCAGCCAGCAUCCUUCAGAUCAAGACUGUGAUUGAUGAGUGCACCCGGAUUGUCUCACAGAAUGUGGGCGACAUGUAUCCAGUGAUCCAGGAUUCUGCCCAGGAGACACCUCGAGGAACUCCUGAAUCAGCCACUUCAGGGCAAAGUAGUGAUACAGAAUCUGGCUAUCUGCAAAGCCACUCACAGCACAGUGUAGACAGGAUCUAUUCAGCAUUGUAUGCCUGUUCUAUGCAGAAUGGUAGUGGAGAGCGUUCUUUCUACAGUGGAGCAGUGGUCAGCCAUCAUGAAACAGCUCUGGGACUUUCCAGAGACCAUCAUAUGGAAGACCCAAGUUGGAUUACACGGAUCCAUGAACGCUCACAGCAGAUGGAGCGGUAUCUCUCCACUACUCCAGAAACCACACACUGCCGGAAGCAACCACGUCCAGUUCGGAUUCAGACCCUGGUGGGCAAUAUUCACAUCAAGCAAGAGAUGGAGGAUGACUAUGACUACUAUGGACAACAGAGGGUACAGAUCUUAGAGCGUAAUGAAUCUGAAGAAUGCACUGAGGAUACUGAUCAAGCAGAAGGCACUGAGAGUGAACCCAAGGGGGAGAGCUUUGACUCUGGAGUCAGUUCCUCUAUUGGCACUGAACCUGAUUCUGUUGAGCAGCAAUUUAUAACUGGUCUAAGUCGAGAAGGUCAGCAAGAGCCUUCCCACACAGAACAAAAUGAUGCUUCUGCUGAAAGCAUUCAGCAGCAGCACAUAGAUACUAACUCUUCCUCACCGGAGAGAGGCAAUGACAUUGAAAGGGCCAGCACACUACUUACUGUAAGCAACAGUACCGAAAAAGGGACUUUGCAGCCUUCUAUCACUACAACUGUUGCCCAAACAUUGCCAAGUACCCAGCUCUACUUACGGCAGACAGAAACCCUCACCAGCAAUCUGAGGAUGCCGCUGACCCUGACCAGCAACACACAAGUCAUUGGCACAGCUGGCAAUACAUACCUGCCUGCACUCUUUACUACACAGUCUGCUGGCAGUGGCCCUAAGCCUUUCCUCUUCAGUCUGCCCCAGCCCUUAGGCCAACAGACACAGUUUGUGACAGUCUCCCAGCCUGGUCUGUCAACUUUUACUGCUCAACUGCCAGCCCCACAGCCCCUGGCUCCUUCUGCAGGCCACAGCACAGCAGGUGGGCAGGGUGAAAAAAAGCCUUAUGAGUGUACCCUCUGCAACAAGACUUUUACCGCCAAACAGAAUUAUGUCAAGCACAUGUUUGUACAUACAGGUGAGAAGCCCCACCAAUGCAGCAUUUGUUGGCGAUCCUUCUCCCUAAAGGAUUACCUAAUCAAACACAUGGUGACUCACACUGGUGUCAGAGCCUACCAAUGCAGCAUCUGUAACAAGCGUUUUACCCAGAAAAGUUCCCUAAAUGUGCACAUGCGGCUCCACCGAGGGGAGAAAUCCUAUGAAUGCUACAUCUGCAAGAAAAAAUUCUCACACAAGACCCUACUCGAAAGACACGUGGCUCUACAUAGUGCCACAAAUGGAACAUCUAGCACAACAGGCACUGGUGCAAGGGCUCUUCCUGGUGGAGUGAUGGCCUGCACAGAAGGAACCACAUAUGUCUGCUCCGUCUGUCCAGCUAAGUUUGACCAAAUUGAGCAUUUCAAUGACCACAUGAGGAUGCAUGUUUCAGAUGGAUAAGUAAAUUCUAUUCUGUUAUGAACAACAACAAAGCCCAACCAGAGAAACAACAAAAAGCUAUGGCACUAGAAUUUAAUAAUUUUUUUUCAUUUUUACUUUUUUGUUGGUUUAUUUUCAUUUCAUUUUUGUACUACAUGAAGAACUGUUUUUUGCCUGCUGGUACAUUACAUUUCUGGAAGCUGGGUGAAUAGUAAUUAUCCCAGCCUUCCUUUGAUGGUGGCCUUAAGGCCAGAUAGUGCUUCAGGAGAUCUACUGGUUGGAUCUCUAGCUACUGGCCUCUAAAUACAACCCUUCUUUACUACAAAAAAACUUUAAAAAAAUCUUUUUUGUCACAUGUGAAGAGCACUACAAAAAAAAACAACUAACGGAGGAACAUGUUAUGAAAUCUUCAAGGCCUACUGUCGUGAGUACACCGCUUACAGUGUUUCAAUGGACAGAUUCACAAUUCUGGCCGCUUUGGACUUCACAGUAUCCAGUUAAAACUGUGGAAUAGAACCAUAUGGUUGAGCAGCAACCACAGAAAAUGGGCCCUAUUGGUUUUCACCAUUAGUCUUGCUAUCUUAAAAAGGGCUGUGGAGAAGAGCAAGGGAGUUUGGGUUGGAUGGUGUGGAGUCCCUGCAGGAUGGGGAGGGAGAAUAAUAGGUUCCUCUUGUGGAUUCUGUUCCAUUCCACACAUUCUGAUUCAUUAUUCCCAACUUCUUCCCCCCACCCCCACUAACAUCAACACCAUAUUUUAUCAAAAGCUAGGAACAAUGAAGUAAGAAUUGAGGUUAGCAAAGGCGGCUUUUUUGUAAUUUAUUGUCUUUGCUGAGAUUAGGGCCUCAGCACAAUCAGUGGGACUUUUGCAAAUAUCAAAGAGAAACAGCAAAAGAAAAAGAUUUCAAAAUAUUUUUUUCCACCUAGUCUUCUAGAUACAAGGAAAGGAAUAGCUCCCACAGUGUGUGGGGGUAAAUUUUUUAAAAGGCUGCAUCAAGAUUUAUUCUUGUGGAGGGAGGUGAAGUAGAAAAUGGGUGGGAAGUAACUAAAAAAAGUACUCAAGAUUUUUUUUUAUUUCAAAAUUUUAUAGAGGGACAAAAGUGGUUUGCCAGAUAGAGUGCUGAUUUUUUAAAGAAUAUAUUUACCACAGUAUUUGUGUAAAAAAAAACAAAAAGUG